ACCCAAUCGCCAGCCAGCACUCCUCACCCCGCGCCCAUCACCCUCCCCCUGUCGAUGACGACACUCUCGAGAUCGAAUCGCCGCAGCACAGCACACCACAGGGGCAUUGACACGGGGAAGCGGUCGGAGAGCGGAUGAGUCCGAUCAGCAGCAGAUGGCUCGGUCGUCCACACAGUGAUGUAGCCAUUUCCGACCCUCAGAUGGGUAGCGACGGUCUCGCCGAAUCGCCAGCCGCUCACAAUCACACGACGACAGUCCCCCGCAUCAGCAAAAUUCAGACUGCCCCGGUCGUAGCGGUAGCCGACAGCGAUGCCCUGAUCCUCCGUGAUGUUGUCUGUCCUCAGCAGGCGGCCAUAGCGUGGGUCGUCACGGCCGAUGUGUGCUUCAAGCACCAGCCUGUGAUCCACUCCCUCUUCAUCCGACCACCAGAAGAGCAGCGAGUCAAUCAGGAACGCCGAGAAUGAGACGAAGAGAUUGCCGCCGCAUCGGAUGACGGGGUCGGUCCGCUUGUAGCCUUCGGCAUACGGAUGGCCGCCCGGCAGCUCACCCAAUGACACCACACGAAAGGUCCACACAUUGCCAAUCCGAUAGGCCCCAUUGUCGGCUGGCUGCAGCGCCAGGCUGUGUGUGUUGUAUGUGAGCAGGUGGCCGAUGAUUUUGUAGAUGGCCAUAGUCAGGGGCAGCUGGUGGAAGGCCGUUGAUGCGGGCAGUGCGUCGGCCGAUAAACGGAGAGGCCGAGUCGCAUUGAGAGGGGUGAGCCGGUAGAUGAAGGCCAGCCAAAAGAACCGCCCCAUCGCCCGCCACUCCUCGCCACUGCCCCGCUCCAGCACAUAGACCGCCUUCAAGCCGGCCUCCACAUCACCGCCAAUGUCGAAGGCCAACACGUCCGCCAGGCCUCUUUGACUGAGGGCCUUGUCGAUGUGCUGCUGGACGGCGUUGAGCAGGGUGCUGUUGACGGUCUCCGCAGUGUGGCCCAGCAGCUCCUGUUGCCGAGUGCGGGUGGCGAGCUGCGAGCGGAGAGCGGCUCGUCUGGCAUAGUCAGUCGCCAUGGCCAUGGCGGCCAUCUUGCUGAUGGGCAAUGACAGGUCAAAGAGGUCGGCGGGCUGGAAGAGGGCAGGGCCGGCGGGACGGGACGAGGGCGCCGCACCAGUGGGCUGCAUCGGGAGUGUCCUGAGGUCUCAGCGUGGCGUCACACAAGAGAUCUGCAGCCACACACAACAGACACACGGAGAGGGAUCGGUUUGCAGCAUUUCGAUGCUUCAUCUGUCUCUCUCGCUGCCCUCUCACCUCCAAUGAGUGUCUUGAGAGCGAAAACGUCCAAUCCACUGAUG